AUGGACGAUGAGAUGGAGUCGACCUUUCGCAACGCCAAUAUGGAUUUCCUCGACCCGACAACCCUUGACAUGCCCUCAGGAUCCGCUGGAGGAGACUUCGAUGACUUGUUCGCCCACGUUACACACAACCGCUCGAAUGCCGCUUCGGAGUCAUCGAAGGCUUAUCAAGACCAACACCCCCUGAGGCAACCACCAGUGAUGGCAGCAGAUUCACCAGCAGAGUCGCCAGACAAUUCAAGCCGUAGUUCAUCCUCGGAAUCCCCGCGCAAUCACAUCCGCCAUGCCUCGGUCGCCUCAACAAAUUCCGCCGCUCAUAGUGAGAAUCCGUUGACAUCCGCUGGUUUCCCAACAGAGGAUUGGAUGCGCCCUGAGUUGUCAUCCGUGAAGGAAGAAUCACCGUUUACCAUUGAUCCUUCUUAUGCCAUGGAUGGGUUCUCCAUGGAUCCCGACUUGGAAUCGAGCAACAAGGCCAUGGAUGCCGCCUUUGAUUUUGAGAGCGCUGCGAGCAGUCCCAGCCCGCUGAAGAUCGAGAACCUACCACAACACAAUCCCCCGACCGGCUCAACAUCACAAUUCUGGAGCCCUUCGGCAAUUCCUGCACCACCGCCGCCAUCGAACGAGGCUCCGGCCGCAGCCAGAUCAUCGGCCCCGGCCCCCGGAUCGCCCUUUUUUCCAUUUGGGCUCAAAGAACAGUCUCCAUUCUCAGGAACAUUUCGCAAUGACUCGGAGAGACUGGCUGCUCCGCAAUGGGGCACCCAGUCCCCAUCCUCACUAUUGGAAGAAAGCUUUGGAGGCAUUAACAUGAAUGGACAGUCUCCACUAAAUCAGUCAAUGUCGCCUAGCAUGAACUUUGGCUCCCCUGCUGCAUACCCAUUCCCCGUCAAUUUUGCGUCGUCGCCCGCUCAGCCGGCGGAUAACAACUCGAUACAACCCGUUCUCACAGUGCAUCCGACCUCCCUCAAAUCCCGUGUUGAAACCCAGAUUCCGAUCCGAUUAACGCUCUCCCCGCUGCCGGCCAGUGUGAAGAAGCUGCGCCUCCCGUCUCAUACCAUUUCCAAACUCAAAUUUCUCGCCUCUGCUACCACUGAACCUUCACCCGACACUCUGCAGCUCUAUACAAGUCUAGUUUGUACCAGUGCAAUGCAAGACCGUGAGAAGUUAAAAAGAGCCUUUGCACGCACAAGAGGCGAAAGGUAUCAGAACGGGAACGGUUCGAAAGAAGAUCAGCCAUUGGAAGGCGGAGAUGUGGUGAUUUGCGGCGGGUGUAUACAGCGAGAACGAAAACGCGCUUCUCGAAAGAAGCAACGCAAGCCCGAAGAGGACGAGCUAUUUCAAAAGGACGAGGAAAAAAGGGUCAUCGUUUUCAACACGAGCGAGAUCAAGGAAUGGACCGAGCCGCCCAAGAACACUACCGGUUAUGAUAUGCAGAGUCCCCCAGGCUCAAUGCAAGUAGAGCUUCCGAUGCGAAUUGCUUGUUACUGUCGGCAUCAAAAUGAGAAGCUUGGGUUCCAGGUUAUCUUCACUAUAAAGGAUCAUCUGAACAACGUCGUCGCUCAGGCAAUCACCAAUUCAAUCAUGAUCACCGAUGACCACAAGACCCAGACUCCUGCCGCUCCACCACCAACGGGCCCUUCGCCUUCAUUACCAGAUGGAACUCAGCUACCUGGCGUUAGUGUGUUCUCGUCUGGGUCUAAUCCGGAUAUUAAAGGCAAUGGUGCGUUUGCAUCACCUCAGUCGCCUACCGAUCUCCAGGGACUUCAGCAAAGGUUCAACUCGCAGUAUCAGCUUACACCAAGCUCGUUUGCUGGUCAAGGCUCGGCUAAUAGCGCCCCUGCAACUUCAAAUACAUCCCGAAGCCUGUCUCGGCAGGCAUCGCCAACUGAUUUCCCUGGCCCACAGACCAAGCGACGGAAGCACAGCAGUUCUGGAAGACUCCCGUCCGAAUUGACCAUGACGAGAAUGGAGACACCGCAAUCAUCAUCUGCAAUGAGUGGCGCUCAACUUGCUGCCGCUCGUGGAUAUGCCUCCCCAACAGAGAGGCCGUUUGUGACACCGUCAUCUAUGAACGGACAGUACGGAAAUGGACCACCGACUCCCAGCCAAAGUAAUGACAAUAAUCCCUUCUUCAAUCCCACACCAGCUCAACGUCAGAGCUUGGAUAGCUUGGCCCAUCAACCUUUGGCGUCGGCGCCCAACUCUGCUCAGCCUAGUCGUCCAGGAACACCUGGUGGUUCUGGUCGCAACGGCUUCCAAGAUCCAAAUCUCGCACUUGGUCUUGGUGCCAACCCUGCGAGCCAAAUAUGGCCACCUCUUAAUGCCACACCCAACCGUCUUCCGUCAGUGAUACACAAGCUUGUUCCGGCGGAAGGAUCAAUUAUUGGAGGUACAGAGGUCACAUUAUUAGGUAGCGGUUUCUACCCUGGUAUGGAGGUUGUAUUCGGUGAUACACUUGCGACGACCACGACAUUCUGGGGAGACAAGUGUCUCAACUGUCUGACUCCGCCCGCUCUCCAGCCUGGUCUGGUUUCGGUUAUGUUCAAACAUGAACAUCCGACUUUUGGUCAAGUGCAGCAACCCCAGCCACUCAUGCCGAAGCAACAACUCUUCUUCCGAUACGUGGAUGAUCGUGAGCUUCAGAUGUACCGCCUGGCUCUAAACAUUCUUGGCCAGAAAUUGGGCAGUCAGGCAGACGCAUUCCAAACCGCUCAGCAAAUCAUGGGCAGCGAUCCCAAUGCCUUUUUGAAUAUGCAGAAAGACAUGCAGGGCGGUUCUUCUGGUGGCCAUCAACGACAGGUACCAGGGAUGGAAGCUCAGGGUAAGCUCAGCGAUCUUGACUCCAAGAUGCUGACUUACCUGGAAUUUAUCGAUCUUGAUGACAGCCCGCGGCCGCCUCGCUUCAAUUCUCGCAGCACAACCGGGCAGUCCCUCCUGCACUUUGCGGCCUCGUUGGGAUUGACUAGGUUCGUUGCGGGACUGUUGGCUCGUGGUGCCAAUCCGGAUGUGCAGGACAACACUGGCAACUCGCCAAUGCAUCUGGCUGCACUCCACAGCCAUGCUCACAUCGUUCAUCGACUUCGUCUGGCUGGUGCCAACGCUAAUGCCCGGAGUGUACGAGGCUUCACUCCUGCCGACCUUGCCACAUCGCUCCCUACACACCAGGCCGCAUUGUUGCCUUCUCGUAACUACCGUUCCCGCAGCGUCGGCUCUCUCACUUCACGCCGCAGGCAUAGCAGUUCUGCUUCGCUCAACUCUCUUUGGGAGGCGUCGUCUGCUUCCGGAUCACUUGGUCAUGCCGUUGAUGAUUCAGAAGAGCUGGACGACAGCGAAGAGUUGGACAGCGAAGAUUCUGACGACAUGCCUCUGCAGUUCAAUAUUUCUCGGCGAUCCAGUAUGCACCAAGAUGUCAUUCCCUCGAUUGUGGAUGGUGGCAACCAAGGCGUGGCCCAUGCUGGUGUAGGUUUUACUCCGCCCGCGGCAGUCGUCGCAUGGCGGAAUCAGCUGGCUGCACAGAUCAAUCAUUUCCAGCAGAGUAUGGCUAAUGCUUUCCCCAAUAUGCCUGCUUUGCCUCCAAUGCCUGCUCUACCCCCAAUGCCCGCUCUCCCAGACUAUCAGGCCAACCAGAUGAUGCGUCGCAUCACUAAUCUUGUGCCUCAUCGCCCAGUCGCUGAUGGAUGGUGGGACUACUUGAAGGGCAACACUGCCCAAACUCAUACUGAGCCGCCUUCCUACGAUGAAUUGUAUCCGCACCAGCAGGCUCGCGAAGAUGAGGCUGAGAUGAAGAAAACAUCUCUUCUGCGGGCGGCGACUGAGGCUGCAUUAGAUCAACACUUUGAGGUUCAGAGCACUGUGAUUGCCUCUACAUCUGCUGCGGCGGCAGCUGCAGCUUCCACUGCCCCUGAACGCCCACGAUCUGCGGAUGAACUCAAGGAUAUCACCAUUGGGAAGAAUGUCAUUUCGCGGGAGCAGCAGAAGCAUCUCCGAGAACAUCAGGCUCGUCGCAUGAAGGGGUUGGGUAGCGACCGUAACCUCUAUUUCAUUUGGAUUCCCCUUCUUCUUCUAGUUAUUUGCGCGUGGGUACGGAGCUAUGUACCUGGAAUUUGGCAAGGCGUCACGGACAGCUUUGAUUUUUUGAAGACUCGCUAUGCACAGCGGGCUGUGGAAAUAGGUAUUUAG